CAAUUUGCGUUUCAUCCACAUGUUGACAAAUUUCUGAAACUGUCAACAAAUUUUGACAGAUUGCAUCAUUGUCUUCAUAUAAAGAUCAAGUUUGGAGUAGCACAUUUUAUUUCAAGGGAGAUAUCCACGACUUCUCAAGCCCAAUUGCCAUAUCUGGAGGCCCGACAAGAUGGCCCAACGUAAAGGUACAGCUAAGCUAACAGAGCUGUUGUCUAUAGAACAACAGAUGCAAAAGAAAUGGGAGGAUGAGAGAGUGUUUGAACUUGAUGCUGCUAAACCAGGCUCAGAGGAGGCUAAGAAAGAAAAGUAUGUCGUAACAUUUCCAUACCCCUACAUGAAUGGACGUCUUCAUCUUGGACAUACUUUCUCUCUGUCAAAAUGUGAGAUCUCUGUAGGGUACCAGAGACUGAGAGGCAAGAGAUGUUUGUUUCCAUUUGGAUUUCAUUGUACUGGAAUGCCCAUCAAAGCAUGUGCAGACAAACUAGCACGAGAAAUGGAGGAUUUUGGUUACCCUCCACAGUUUCCUCCUGAGGAAGAAGAGGAAAAGAAGGUUGAAGAGACAGAGGUUGUCAUCAAAGAUAAGGCCAAGGGAAAAAAGAGUAAAGCAAAAGCAAAGUCUGGAGGAUUGAAGUACCAGUGGCAGAUAAUGUCAGCUCUAGGUCUGAAAGAUGAAGAGAUCCGUCAGUUUGCUGACCCACACCAUUGGCUGUAUUACUUCCCACCAAGUUGCAAAGCAGAUCUAAAGCGCAUGGGACUCAAGGUUGAUUGGCGGCGAUCAUUUUUCACAACAGACGUGAACAGUACUAUACUCAUUGUCCAGGUGGCAGUUUGGCUGAAAGAAAGAAACAAAUACAGUUUGGUAAAACGGUAUACAAUCUACUCUCCGAAGGAUGGCCAGCCCUGCAUGGACCAUGAUAGAAGUUCAGGGGAAGGAGUUGGACCCCAGGAAUAUACAUUGAUCAAACUGAAAAUCCUGAAACCAUACCCACCAAAACUGAAGUCUCUAGAGAAGAAAGAUGUGUUUCUGGUAGCUGCCACACUACGUCCAGAGACGAUGUACGGACAGACAAACUGUUGGAUACAGCCAGAGAUGAAAUAUGUGGCAUGUGAACUGGGCAAUGGAGAGGUAUUUAUCAGUACCCGGAGAGCAGCACUGAAUAUGAGCUACCAGGGAUUCAGUAAGACAGACGGAAAGGUGGACGUAGUUGCUGAACUAGUUGGACAGGAUAUAAUGGGAGUUGCCCUAUCAGGACCUCUGACAGUUUAUGACAAGAUCUACACACUACCUAUGCUUACCAUCAAAGAAGGAAAAGGGACUGGAGUUGUUACAAGUGUGCCCUCAGAUGCUCCAGAUGAUUAUGCUGCACUGAGAGAUCUCAAGAAAAAAGAACCAUUCAGAAAGAAGUAUGGACUGACAGAUGAAAUGGUUCUGCCUUAUGACCCAGUGCCUAUCAUAGAUGUGCCAGAGUAUGGAGAUCUGUGUGCUGUGACAGCAUGUGACCAGCUCAAGAUCCAGAGUCAGAAUGACAAAGAUAAACUGCAAGAGGCCAAAGAGAGGGUCUAUCUGAAAGGAUUUUAUGAAGGGGUGAUGAAGAUUGGAGAGUUCAAAGGUCAGAAAGUUCAGGAUGUGAAGAAGAAAGUACAGAAACUGAUGUUGGACAAGAAAGAGGCUGUGAAAUACAUGGAGCCAGAGAAUAAGGUGAUUUCGAGGUCAGGAGACGAGUGUGUUGUAGCUCUAUGUGAUCAGUGGUACCUGAACUAUGGUGAGGCAGAAUGGAAAGCAACAGCAAAGAAAGCCCUGCAGAAUAUAGAGACCUACUCAGAGGAUGUGAGGAAGAACUUUGAAGCCACUCUGGACUGGCUACAUGAGCAUGCCUGCUCCAGAUCAUAUGGUCUAGGUACAAAGAUCCCCUGGGAUGAGCAGUACCUGGUGGAAUCUCUGUCUGACUCUACAAUUUACAAUGCUUACUAUACUGUGGCUCAUCUGCUGCAAGGGGGACAGUUUGAUGGUCACAAAGUGGGACCAGCUAACAUAAGACCAGAACAGAUGACAAAUGAAGUAUGGGAUUACAUAUUUUACAAGAAGGCCAAGUUCCCAAAGACUGAUAUUCCGAAAGCUACCCUGGAUAAGUUGAAAUCUGAGUUUGAGUACUGGUACCCUGUAGACCUGCGUGUGUCUGGCAAGGACUUGAUACCUAAUCAUCUCACAUACUACAUAUACAAUCAUAUAGCCAUGUGGCCAGAUCAGCCGGAAAAGUGGCCAAAGUCUAUCCGAGCCAAUGGACACCUGAUGUUGAACUCGGAGAAAAUGUCAAAGCAUACUGGAAACUUUCUAACACUUCACGAUGCAGUGGAGAAGUUCUCAGCAGAUGGAAUGCGGAUGUCUCUAGCUGAUGCUGGGGAUGGUGUUGAGGAUGCUAACUUUGUGGAGAUGAUGGCGGAAGCCGGGCUGCUCAGGUUGUAUACAUACUUAGAAUGGGUACGAGAAAUGAUUGCCACACGAGAUUCCCUGAGAACUGGGGCUUACACCUUCAACGACAGGGUGUUUGAGAGUGAGAUCAGCAUGAGUAUAGAGGUCACACAGAGACAUUAUGAUGAAAUGAAAUACAAGGAAUCUCUAAGAACAGGCUUCUUUGAAUUCCAGGCAAUGAGAGACAAAUACCGUGAAGUUGAGAUAGAAGGCAUGCAUAGUGACCUUGUCUUCCGAUACAUUGAAACACAGACCUUGAUGCUGGCCCCUAUUUGUCCUCAUCUGUGUGAAUAUAUCUGGGGUCUACUAGGGAAGACCUCCAGUAUAAUGCAUGCGAGCUGGCCAGUGGCAGGACCCUAUGACAAGGUGCUGAUUCAGUCCUCCCAGUACCUGAUGGAUGCAGCACAUGACUUCAGAAAGAGGCUGAAGGCUUAUACCACUGUUGCAAAGGGAAAGAAAGAAGUGCCGCCUCCUACACAUGCCACUGUAUAUAUUGCAAGGAGUUAUCCCCCUUGGCAAAAUACAAUAUUGACAACUGUGAGGACUAUGUAUGAAGAGAAUAAAGGAUUCCCUGACAACAAACAGAUAGCAGCAGCACUAGGGAAGACACCAGAGCUGAAAAAAUACAUGAAAAAAUCUAUGCCUUUUGUAAUGGUUGCUAAGGAGAACUUUGAGAAACAUGGUAUCGCUGCCCUGAACUUGACCACAGAGUACGACGAACAAGGGGUCAUGAAGACAAAUCUUAAAUACUUGACAAACACUCUAGAGAUGGAGGGUGUAGAUAUCCGGUUCUCAGAGGAAGCAGAAGGAGAUAAGGUGAAGGAUGACUGUUGUCCUGGGAAACCAUUUAUAACAUUUAGAACCGAGCCAUCAGUGACAGUUAGGUUCAUUAAUCCUCAACCAUGCAGUGGACUAUUUGAGGUGAAACUGCCUAUAUUCCAGGGAGAUACAAUGCAGAAGGUCAGGGCCAGGCUUAUGAAAACUGACAGGUCAAAAAUGAAAGAUGCAGCUUCUGUAAGGAUCCUGAGACAUGAGUCAGCGAAUCUGAUGAGAAAACUGCCGGAGUUUGACAAGCCCGAGAAGGGGAGAGUACUGUUGCCUGAUGGAGUCACUUUCUCUUGGAGUAGUCCCAGUGAUGAAGAAGUGGUUGUUCAGGAGAAUGGUUCUAAAGUUUCUAUUAAGGAACUUACUUACAUUGUACCAGUCUCUUGAAAAUGGUAGAAAUAUAGAAUAGAAAACUAGGCUGCUUGUCUGUAGAUCUAAGUAAAACAAACCAUACUGUUUUAAACAAGUAAACAUCUCUAUAAAUUACUGAAACUCCUAAAUGAAUACUAUUUAACUUUACAUGUUUAUGUAAAACACCUAGGUACAGCUGAAAUGUGAUAAUAAUCAAGGAAGGCUUUUUUGAUACAUUUUACAAAAUAUGUAAAUGCUUUUUUCUGCAUGAAGUUGCUCAAUAGUAUUGUUUCAUCUGCUUUUACAAUUACAUUUUCAAAGUAUUUGUCAACUUAAAAAGAAACUUCAUAUCUGUAAGCUAGUAUCCAGCUUUAAAUAAUGUUCCACUGUAAGGGCUCAGGUGAAACUCAAGUGUGUGUGCAUAUUUAUUUCGAUACAGAACAGUUUUAUGUUUAGCCUUCAUAGAUGUUAAAGACUGCGACAGAAGGGACUUGAAAAUCUAUAAUUUCUGCUAAUAAAUAUAUCUGGGCCAUGAGAUAGAGUUGUAAAAGUACUUAAAGGGCAAUACUACUGGAUAAAAAAUUAAUCCCAUCUGAUGAUUUUAGAAACUGUUUGUAACAUAUUUAAUUGAGGUACACAUGAUGUCUUGGAUGGUUAGUAUGAUUUUCAUGGUUCAGAUAUUACAUAGAAAUUACAUAUUGAUAAAAUACACAAGCAGUACAUUUUAUUCCUAUUUAUUUUUACAAAUUACUUAUUGCAAUAUCAGCAUUUGAAUCAGCUUUUUUCUGACUCUCAUGACAUUUUUAUGUUUCUGCAGAGUAAAAUUGUAAAAAUAUCGCAUAGAUCUAUUUCAGAACAACCCAGUAUAUCUCUCUUUAACAUGUCUUUUUCGUAAUCAGUACAAAAGGUUUUAAGAAAUUAUUAGUUCUUAUGUAUAUUCCUGUGUUUGAUUAAUGAAGUGCUGUUCAGAACUUUGUAUUUAUUGAUAUUAUGAAAUCUGUUCGUUACAUGAUGCAAUAAAUUAAUUGCCAGAUGAAAA